GUAAUGAAGGAAAUGAUUUAGCAAAAAGAUUAACUGGAAAAGUUGGGGGACCAACCUCCAUUAUUUAUACUCCAAUUACAUGGAAAAAAUUAAUUAAUCAAUUUAUGCUUAUGGGAAAAAAUGAUGCUACUUACGAAAAUAAUACGAGUAUGCACAUAAAUGAAAGCAGAAAUGCAAAUAUUCUAAAGCGAGUAGGGGAUUAUGAAUUCCUUAAGAUUGAAAAUAAAAGUCAAGAUAUAUAUGAAUAUAUAACUGGAAGAGAUUUUAAGAGAAAGUUUAGCACGGCACAUGUUGUGGGUUUUCCAAAACCCAAAUACAAUCAUCCUUCCAUGUAG